GUAAGUUAUGUCUGACAAAAGAUUUAUUUUAGCCGAUUGGCCCAACGUAUUAUCUUACUCGGUAAGCUCCGAUAGGUUCUUUGAAUAUAAAUAAUACUGAAUUUCUUAAUGCUCUGGAAGCAAAAUAUCUCUACCCGUUGUGCUGUACGUUUCUUGCAUUCCCGCUUCUUACCAGUUUACUUAUCUAUCUCCUCAUCUUUAUAUUUACUUAAACACGGAAGUCUACCCAACCAUGUCUUCAACCCUUAAAGUAGACAUACUGGUAGUCCCGGGUAUUCCUGCCGUAACUGCACCACUACCAUAUGGCCUCAGUCCAGUAUGGUCGCCAAUGACAGCAACACUCAUAUCGGGUGCAGAAGACGCAGUCUUGGUAGACGCAUUCAUGACGAUUGCUCAAGCUACCGAACUCGCAGACUGGGUUGAAUCCUUCGGCAAAAACCUUACUCAUAUUUAUAUUACUCAUUCCCACGGAGAUCACUUUUAUGGAUUGCCAAUCCUGCUAAAACGAUUUCCCAAAGCUCGAGCAGUGGCUACUGCUCAAGUCGUCGAGAAUAUGAAGAAUGUGGUUGGACCCAACGUGUUUGGCGCUGUUUGGGAGAAAAUGUUUCCAGGGCAGCUCGAGAAGCAGCAGGUCCUGACGGAGCCUUUAGGUUCUAGCAACACCAUCCUUCUCGAAGGGCAUGUGUUGAGAGCCAUUGAAGUAGGACAGUCUGAUAUGAAUGACACCACGGUUCUACACAUCCCGGAUCUGAAAUUGGUGGUAGCAGGCGACGUCGUGUACAAUGAUGUACACCCGUCGCUAGCAGCAGUGAAUACCAAACAAUUACAAGACGCUUGGAUCGCCAGUAUUGACAAGGUAGCCGCCUUGAAUCCAGAGACUGUUAUCGCAGGGCAUAAGAGAAUUGGAGCGUCGGAUGGAGUGGAUAAUUUGGCUGCGACUCGAGAUUACAUUCGGGAUUUUAGUCACUGUAUGGCUGAGUCAAAAAGUCCCGACGAGCUGUACCAUGCGAUGAUGGAGAAGUAUCCGCAUCGUGUAAAUCCCCUCGUUGCUUGGAGGAAUGGCCUUGGAGUUUUUGGAAGAGGUGCUGAAAUCCUACGCAAGUAGGCAAGUCAUUACCUCCGUACGUUACAUAGAGAUGCG